GCGUCCUGCAGCGUGCGCACAGGUUACCUGCACUCACCAGCCAUGUCCUUCAGUGCCACCAUCCUCUUCUCCCCUCCCAGCGGCAGUGAGGCCAGGUGCUGCUGCUGUGCCUGUAAGAGCGAGACUAGCCAGGGCAGCACGGGUUCUCAGGGCGGGAAUCCCCCUGCCAGUACCCCUAUCACAGUGACUGGACACGGCGUGGCGGUUCAAAGCUCCGAACAGCUCCUACAUAUCAUCUACCAGCGGGUGGACAAGGCGGUGGGGCUGGCUGAGGCCGCUCUGGGUCUUGCACGGGCCAACAAUGAGUUGUUAAAGCAGCUUCAGGAAGAAGUGGGUGAGCUACGGCAGGGCAAAGCGUGCACCGCCGAUGAGGAUGGGGAGAGCCGGGCCCGCAGCCCACCACCCGAAGAGCCCGCGCUGCUCAAGGAGAGCCCCGGGGAAGCCGGCAAGACUCUGUCCGCCGUGGAGGAGGAGUGUGACAGCGUGGGCAGCGGCGUGCAGGUGGUGAUCGAGGAGCUGCGGCAGCUGGGGGCUGCCUCCACCGUGGGCCAGGGGCCCUUGGGUUUCUUCGCAGCACCCCAGAGAGACAUGCGCCUCCCAGGAUGCACUCUGGCUGCGGUAGAGGGAGCCCCGCUGCUCAACCCUAUGGCGGAUGAUUAUGUGGCCUCUGAGGGUGCAAUACAGCGAGUGUUGGUCCCUGCCUAUGCCAAACAGCUUUCGCCAGCCACACAACUGGCUAUCCAGAGGGCAUCCUCAGAGACAGGACCAGAAAAUGGAACCAAGCUGCCAGCAACCCGCCCGGAGGACAUGCUUGGUCCCACAGCGCUGGACAGCACCUUAGAAGAGCCAGGCCCAGGGGCCGCUGGGGAAUCGAGCCGUGCUCUCGGGUUUAUCAGCUCCCCAUGCAGGAUCCGGGGGACUGGACAGAAAAACUCCAGGCGCAAGAGAGAUCUGGUGCUCUCUAAACUGGUCCACAAUGUGCAUAACCACAUCACCAACGACAAGAGAUUCAAUGGAUCUGAAAGCAUCAAGUCCUCCUGGAACAUCUCAGUAGUGAAGUUCCUUUUGGAAAAGCUCAAGCAGGAGCUGAUGGCCAGUCCCCACAACUACACGGAUAAGGAACUGAAAGGAGCCUGUGUGGCCUACUUCCUUACCAAGAGGCGAGAGUACCGCAACUCUCUCAACCCUUUCAAAGGCCUAAAGGAAAAAGAGGAGAAGAAACUUCGAAGUCGCCGAUACCGGCUUUUCGCCAACCGGUCCAGUAUCAUGAGGCAUUUCGGACCCGAGGACCAACAGCUGUGGAAGGACGUGACGGAAGAGCUGAUGUCAGACGAGGAGGACAGCCUUAACGAGCCAGGCGUGUGGGUGGCCCGCUCUCCCCGAUUCCGCGCCCAGCGCCUCACGGAGCUCUGCUACCACCUGGACGCUAACUCUAAGCACGGCACCAAAGCCAACCGUGUGUACGGGCCCCCCUCAGACAGACUGCCUUCUGUGGAGGCCCAGCUCCUCCCACCCGAACUUUACAAUCCCAAUUUCCAAGAAGAGGAAGGAGGAGGAAAUGAGAAAGGACCUGUCUCUCCUUCCUUUGACCAGCCCCACAAGACGUCCUGUCCGGACUUGAACUCAUUCAUUGAAAUCAAGGUGGAAAAGGACGAAUACAGCCUAUAACAAGGAGGCAAGCCCUCGCUCCCAUCACACCGCACAUCCUGGAAAUGGGUGGCUCGGAAUAACGCAGUGUGAAAGAGCAAGUGUGCUUCCCUUAACAUAGUUUCUGCUUGAAGUGGAAGCUGCAGACUCUCAGAGAGCAAUUUACUACGUAGAAGGCGGGGAGCGGUUUCCCCCACU